UGGGGCUGGGAGGCUCCGCGUCUUUCUCCUCUCCCUUUGGGGCGCUUGUGGGGCAGCAUCCAUGGCUUUCCCUGGGGUCCCCCUGAUGCUGCUGGUGGGGGCGCUGGCCAGGAUCCCCGGAAGCGAAGGGGGGAAGGAGACCCCCGCAGUCCAUUUCUUGCUCCAGCAGAAGGCCGAGUGCCGCUUCCUGAAUGGGACGCAGCAGGUGCGACUACUGGACAGGUUCAUCUACGACCGGCAGGAGAUUGCCCGCUUUGACAGCGACCUCGGGAAGUUUGUGGCAGUCACGGAGUUUGGGAAGGUGGAUGCGGACUAUUGGAACAGCAAUAAGGACUACCUGCAGUACAAGAAGGCUGGAGUGGAUUCCUUCUGCCGGAACAACUACGAGGCGGCCCAGACGGGGCAGAUGGUUGGCCGGAGAGCCAAGCCCACCGUCAGCAUCUCCCCCACCAAGAUGGACCCCACUUCCCCCAACACCAUCCUCCUCUGCACCACGAUGGGCUUUUACCCCGUGGAGAUCGAGAUCCAGUGGCUGAAGAAUGGGAGGCCGGAGAAGGAGGGUGUGGCCUUUGGGGAGGAGCUCCAGAACGGAGACUGGACCUACCAGCUCCAGGUGAUGCUGGAGACCAAGCCCCAGCGAGGGGACGUCUACACUUGCAAGGUGGGGCACGCCAGCCUGGAGGCCCCCAUCACCGUCAAGUGGGAGCCCCGUUCCUCCAGCUCUGCCAGGAGCAAACUCUGGACAGGGAUCAUGGGAGCCGUGAUAGGAGUGGCCUUCCUGGCUGCGGGGCUCUUCUCCUACCUGAAAAGCAAGAAAGCAACUCCCAUCCAACCACCUGCAGCACUCAUGAAUUAAUUCUGCUCUCUGAUGCAAAAGGAUGUUUUUUUUCUUUAGUAGCUGAUGACUCUUUGUCCUGUUUGCAACCUGUUAAAAAUGGAGGCUGAAGGUGGCAAGUUGGGGAGAGGAGGAGAAUGGCACCUGGACCUUCUCCUGCUGAGACCCCCUCCCCUCCAAACUUCCUAUGAGGCAUCCCUUUCUUGGGAGGGAGGGUUGGAGACCAUCUAGACUGUCCCCAGGGAUGCUGAGGUGACCUGUAACUCUAGUCCCCUCAUCUCUCCUGGCUUUGAACCCACAGCAGCUUCAUCUCCAUCACUCUUCCUCCAAAUCACUUCCCUUCGCUUUGCUAUAAAAGAAUAAACUUCUGAUGUAAGAAACCCUGGAAUCCUUCCUUCCUCUUCUGCCUCUUCCUCUUUCCUGCCCCCACAGGAGGCUCCUCCCUCCGCUGCCUCUGGAUCCACCAUUCCGACUACUUUGGGUCCGAAGCCAGAACUGCUUCGGGAGGAGGGUGGGCAGAUCCAAG